AUGACAGGAAUCAAACGAGAUCGAGACGGCAAUGCGCGCAAACCAGGAGAUGCACGCGGCAGAUUCCACGACAUGUUUGAAUCCUUUCGCGACGAGCUAGACGAGCACUACGACAGAAAAGAGCGAAUCGUCAAAGCAUCAAGAGACGUGACUGCGCAAAGCAAAAAGAUCAUAUUCGCCCUCCAACGCGUCAAACACAUCAACCAGGACCUUCCGGCCUCCACAGAAAAAGACAUCGCGUCACGCAUGUCCGACAUCAGCAAACUCCUGCGCUCCAUCGCCCCGGACCUCCAGUCCCUGAACCGCCACAGAUACGCCUGGCAGCUGCGUUGUCUAGAAGAACUCGUGGAGGCACUCUCCUUUGCGCACUACCUCCGCCACCAGACGCUGAUUACGGUGGAGGAAGCGCAGGAAUCUACGCCGGUGUCGCUCACGCACGGGGACUACAUGUACGGUGUGUUUGAUCUUUUUGGCGAGAUGAUGCGCUUUGCGACGGUGACGUCUGCGCAGAAUGGGGAGAUGUUGGGUGGGAAGGACGAGAGGAAUAUACUGGGCGAUAUUCAGGAGCUGGGGUGUGCGUUUGAGAUGCUGGAGGAGGUGCCGGGGAAGGAGUAUAGGAGCAAGAUGGACGCGAUGAGGCAGAGUGUGAGGAAGGUGGAGAGGUUGGGGUAUGGGCUUGUGGUGAGGGGGAGUGAGAGGCCGAGGGGGUGGGUUCCUGAGGAUGAUGGCGUUGAGGCGUGA